GUGCGGACGAACCUAACCUCCAGGAGAAGCUGCGGCUCGCACCGCCGCGCAAGAUCCGUCAUCGGUGAGUCGACGUUUUUCUCUCGUAAUGUAAGCUCUCGUUUCGUCCUCGCGCGCGAGGAAGACGUCGGGAUUCCGAGCCGUCCUCGCGCCCGGGACGCGAUUUCGGGGGAGAGCGUUGACACGUGACCCUCGCGCCAGAAAUGCGCUCGCACGCCGCCGACGCGUUUCGGCGGCGAUGGUCCGAGCGGCCCGGGGAGCGACGGGGAGGGGACGGCACCGCGCGGCGCGCGCGAGCCAAUCGGCGCCGCCGACGCGUCGCCUGACACACGGCACGGCCAAUCGCCGCCUUCCCCUCAUUUUUUGACAGCCUCGCGUGAAAAUCUAUAGAGACUGGCACGCGAGAAUGUGUCCGAUUCAAAAUGCGGAGAUUGCGAAACGGAAGAGAUCGCCAGAGGAGAGAAAAGGGUCGAGAAAGGGAGAGACCGCCGUCCUCGAAAUGAAUGAAUGUCAGAUAUAUUCAAGUCUCUCGUCCCGCUUUCUUCUUCCUCUUUGCUCCUGCAUCUCUCAACAACGGCCGAAUUGAACGCGCGCGUGUGUAAUUAAAUUUCGUCGAGACGGACGUCGGGCUCGGUUGCUCGUUCGCGCGAGAUCGCCCACCUGAAACCUGCGUUCGCGAUCGCAAUCACGAGCCCACUGCGAGCGUAAUCGAGCGUGUUUCUUCACUUCCGACGCACGCUAUCCUUGAAGACGACGUAAGCACAAACGCGCCCCUCCUCUUCGCAUCUGCCUUGCGCAUUAAUGAGCGAAGCGUCGUUUUUUGCGAAUUUGACUUGCAAAAAAAGAAGAAAAAAAAAGGACGAAAAAAGAUAUAACGAAGACAGCGGAGAGGAAGAAGAGAGCGAGUCCAAGAAAAGCUCGGAAAUUCCAAUGAUCGCCUUAUUGAUGAUACGCCGGAGUCUCCGCGAGGGAUCAAACGCAAAAUAAAUCGCCAACGCUCGGUGACGUUACUCGCCGAUGAACCUUGAACCCCCGAGCCAGAGCUUUGGUCGUGCUCGGCUCGUGCGAUCGCACAUACGUAUUGCCCCCGCCGCGGGACGACUUGUCCCACAUUCAGAUUCACACGGCUAGUCAGUGCAACGCGCGGCGAUCGCGUACGAGUCGUCCUCUGCGAGUUACCCCCUUUGCAAACAACCGCGUUCAGCCUCGGCGCGGUGGAUCGCGCGAUCGACCGUCACGAUCCUUACAUGUCACUCGGACCGCAGGCGGAUAUAUACGAGGUGGAGAACCUGACUGGGUAUGCUACGCCGUCUUCUGGACUCCCUGUUCGGUGACAUCGAGUGCGCGGAGCGAACGUCUUCCGAGUCGGCGGGAUCCAGCGAGAGGAUUUGCCAGUCCGUCGGUCCCGCGGGACCCGCUCGCGCAAAAGCAAUGUCGGAGGCGACGGUGAGCUUUGUCGUCGGGGAGCCCGAGCCCGAGCCCGACCCCAAUCGCGAUACCGAUCCUAACGAGGUGCAGGAGAUCGAGGAUAGCUUCCCGAGCGAGAGCAGCGAUAGCGGCAAUUUGCAGAUGCAGAUCAAUCAUGUCGCGACAGGACUGGCCGAGCGCCGCAAGCGGCUCAGGCCCAGCAUGUCGCAGGGUACGGUGAUGAUUCAAGCGCAAAAUCGAAUUCACGAGAAGGACUUUACCGUUGCGACUCCCGAAGAAUUCGUACAUCGCUUCGGCGGCUCCAGAGUUAUCAACAAGGUGCUGAUCGCCAACAAUGGUAUCGCAGCGGUUAAAUGUAUGCGAUCGAUACGACGCUGGUCAUACGAGAUGUUUAAGAACGAGAGGGCCGUGCGUUUUGUGGUGAUGGUCACACCGGAAGAUUUAAAGGCGAAUGCGGAAUAUAUCAAAAUGGCAGAUCAAUACGUGCCCGUAUCGGGUGGGACCAACAACAACAACUACGCCAAUGUGGAAUUGAUCGUCGAUAUAGCGAUACGUACCCAAGUCCAUGCGGUUUGGGCCGGGUGGGGCCACGCUUCAGAAAAUCCUAAGCUUCCAGAAUUACUCCACAAAAAUAACAUCUGCUUCAUUGGACCGUCCGAAAAGGCCAUGUGGGCUUUGGGUGACAAGAUAGCAUCCAGCAUAGUUGCUCAAACCGCGGACGUACCAACGCUUCCCUGGUCAGGUUCGGAAUUAACAGCGCAAUACAGCGGGAAGAAAAUCAAGAUAUCAUCGGAACUUUUUAAAAAAGGAUGCGUUGCCACUGUGGAAGAGUGUCUAGCGGCAGCUAACAAAAUCGGUUUUCCGGUUAUGGUAAAAGCGAGCGAAGGUGGCGGUGGUAAGGGGAUCAGGAAGGUUGAAAACGCCGAGGAAUUACCCGCUUUGUUUAGGCAAGUGCAAAUUGAAAUACCUGGUUCACCAAUAUUUAUCAUGAAACUAGCGAAAUGCGCUCGUCACUUGGAAGUACAAUUAUUGGCCGAUAACUAUGGUAAUGCAAUAUCAUUAUUCGGACGCGAUUGUUCUAUCCAGAGGAGACAUCAAAAGAUCAUCGAGGAGGCGCCUGCCGUAAUCGCAAAGCCACAGAUUUUCGAAGAGAUGGAAAAAGCUGCUGUAAGAUUAGCAAAAAUGGUGGGAUAUGUUAGCGCGGGCACCGUUGAGUAUCUGUACGACACGGCUGGCAGAUAUUAUUUCCUGGAAUUAAAUCCACGUCUUCAAGUGGAACAUCCUUGUACCGAAAUGGUAUCGGAUGUGAAUUUACCAGCCGCCCAGCUACAAAUAGCGAUGGGCUUGCCAUUACAUCACAUUAAAGAUAUACGUCUUUUGUAUGGUGAAAGCCCUUGGGGUGACAGCCCGAUCGAUUUUGAUCAGCCGCGUCAUAAGCCUCAACCGUGGGGCCAUGUUAUCGCGGCUAGAAUCACUAGCGAAAAUCCUGACGAAGGUUUCAAGCCGAGUUCAGGGACAGUGCAGGAGUUGAAUUUCCGAUCGUCCAAGAAUGUAUGGGGCUAUUUCUCGGUUGGAGCUUCGGGAGGACUUCAUGAGUUCGCGGACUCUCAAUUUGGCCAUUGCUUCUCCUGGGGCGAAGAUCGUAAUCAAGCCAGAGAGAAUUUAGUUGUAGCCCUGAAGGAGCUGAGUAUCAGAGGCGAUUUUAGGACGACAGUCGAAUAUCUUAUCACUUUGCUGGAAACUGAAUCCUUUCAGCAGAAUAACAUAGAUACCGCUUGGCUCGAUUUGUUGAUCGCCGAACGUGUUCGAAGCGAUAAACCGGACGUCUUAUUGGCCGUUACCUGCGGAGCGCUUCAUAUCGCUGAUAGAAUGAUCACAGCUGCUUUUACUGGCUUUCAAACUGCCUUAGAAAGGGGUCAGAUACAAGCCAGUAAUGAUUUGGAUAACGUUGUUGAUGUGGAGCUUAUUAACGACGAAUUCAAAUAUAAAGUACAGGCUGCCAAAUCUGGUCCGAACAGCUAUUUUCUGGUGAUGAAUGGUUCAUAUAAAGAGAUCGAAAUUCAUCGCAUGUCGGAUGGAGGCUUGCUGCUUUCAUUAGACGGCGCCAGUUUUACGACUUACAUGCGCGAAGAGGUGGACCGUUAUAGGAUUAUCAUUGGUAACCAGACGUGUAUCUUUGAAAAAGACAACGAUCCGUCCUUAUUGAAAUCACCGUCAGCCGGCAAGUUGAUUAAUUUCUUAGUCGAGGAUGGCGGCCACGUUGGCGCCGGUCAGGCGUACGCCGAAAUCGAAGUGAUGAAGAUGAUAAUGACCGUUACCGCCAGUGAGGCGGGAAGUGUCUUUUAUGUCAAGAGGCCUGGCGCUAUAUUGGAAGCCGGUACAUUGAUCGCGCAUCUCGAUUUGGAUGAUCCAUCAUUGGUGACAAAAGCACAAGAAUACACAGGCCAAUUUCCUGCAGCGUCGGCAUCGGCCGUACCGGAGAAACUGAAUCACCUUCACACCAAGUAUCGAAACGCCUUGGAAAAUACGUUGGCUGGCUACUGUCUCCCCGAUCCAUAUCACUUGCCGCGUCUGCGUGAGUUAAUCGAGAAGUUCAUGUUUUCGUUACGCGAUCCCAACUUACCAUUGUUGGAACUGCAGGAAGUGAUUGCGACGAUAUCCGGCAGAAUCCCCGUCUCAGUCGAGAAGAAAAUUCGUAAACUAAUGUCGCUGUAUGAGCGAAACAUCACGUCGAUCUUGGCUCAGUUUCCCAGUCAACAAAUCGCCGCUGUGAUCGACGGACACGCGGCGACUUUAUCCAAGAGAGCUGAGCGAGACGUUUUCUUCUUGACUACUCAAGCCAUUGUGCAGUUAGUACAAAGAUACCGAAACGGUAUACGUGGUCGGAUGAAGACUGCCGUGCACGAACUUUUGCGACAGUAUUACACAGUCGAGAGCCAGUUCCAACAGGGUCACUACGACAAGUGCGUCUCCGCGCUAAUAGAAAAGUACAAAGACGACGUAACUACCGUGACCGGUAUGAUCUUCAGUCAUAAUCAAGUAACGAAGAAAAACGUUCUGGUCACUAUGUUGAUCGACCAUCUCUGGGCUAAUGAACCGGGUCUUACGGACGAGCUCUCGAACACGCUGACGGAAUUAACGAGUCUGAAUCGUACGGAACAUAGCCGCGUCGCGCUGAGAGCUAGGCAGGUGUUGAUCGCCGCCCAUCAACCUGCGUACGAACUCAGGCAUAAUCAGAUGGAAUCCAUAUUCUUGUCCGCAGUAGAUAUGUACGGGCACGACUUCCACCCGGAGAAUCUGCAGAAACUUAUUCUCUCAGAGACAUCUAUCUUUGAUAUUCUUCACGAUUUCUUCUAUCAUUCCAAUCGCGCGGUGUGCAACGCGGCCUUGGAGGUCUACGUGCGACGAGCCUAUAUCAGCUAUGAGCUGACGUGUCUACAACACCUGGAACUAUCCGGCGAGAUUCCGUUGGUGUAUUUCCAAUUCGUUUUACCCAGCAAUCACCCAAAUCGUCAGAAUCAGUCUCUGGUAGAUCACAGAGCCGGUGCGAUGGCAGCCUUCCAGAAUCUUGAUCAUUUCAGUCAAUAUACAGACGAGAUCUUGGAUCUGCUGGAGGAUCUAUCGAACCCCACGCCGAUGGUAUCUGCAAAACUAUUAGAGGCAGUGGAAGCCGUUGGUAGCGAGUCACGUCACAGUACAUCGAUCAACGUCUCUCUAAGCGCGACUGAAACAACAACCGCAACCACAACGGCAACGACUACCAAUGAUAAGUCCGCCGAACCGGUUCACAUACUAAGCAUAGCAGUCAAGGAGAACGGCACCGAGGACGAUGCUACCAUGGCCAAAAUGUUUGGAGAUUGGUGCGCGAACAACAAGGACGAAUUAAUAUCCCGCGGCAUUCGAAGAGUGACAUUCGCCGCGCUCAAAAAGAGACAGUUCCCCAAGUUCUUCACUUUCCGUCAGCGCGAGGGUUUUGUCGAGGAUAGAAUCUACCGACAUCUCGAGCCUGGUUGUGCCUUCCAAUUGGAACUGAAUCGUAUGCGAACCUACGAUCUCGAGGCUCUUCCGACGUCCAAUCAGAAGAUGCACCUGUAUCUCGGGCAAGCCAAAGUCGCCAAGGGUCAACAAGUUACGGACUAUCGCUUCUUCAUCCGCUCGAUUAUACGGCACUCCGACCUGAUUACGAAGGAGGCCAGUUUCGACUAUCUUCAUAACGAGGGUGAGCGCGUUCUGCUCGAGGCCAUGGACGAGCUGGAGGUCGCGUUCUCGCAUCCCCUCGCUAAGCGCACCGAGUGCAAUCACAUCUUCUUGAACUUUGUACCCACGGUCAUUAUGGAUCCCAGCAGAAUAGAGGAGAGCGUGACGAGUAUGGUGCUGCGUUACGGGCCGAGAUUGUGGAAGUUGCACGUGCGACAGGCGGAGAUAAAGAUGACCAUACGACCCGCGCCAGGAAAACCGACCUCCAACGUGCGUCUCUGCAUCGCCAACGACAGCGGUUACAGCAUCGACCUGCAUCUCUACACGGAAGCGACCGAUCCCAAGACGGGCAUCAUUCGCUUCGAAUCUUAUCCACCCACCACAGCGAACGCCCAUUGGAGGCCGGGUCCUAUGCACGGGCUGCCAAUCUCCACGCCGUAUCUGACCAAGGAUUACCUCCAGGCGAAGAGAUUUCAGGCGCAGAGCGCCGGCACGACUUACGUCUACGAUCUGCCAGACAUGUUCCGACAGCAGCUCGAGAAAUUGUGGCAGCGAUAUGUCGAGGAGAGGCCACCGAGUGACGAUCAAAAUCGGAUCACGAUCCCCAAUCCAGUGAUGGACGUCGUAGAAUUAGUGUUCGACGGUGAACAAUUGGUCGAGCAGAAGCGGCUGCCCGGCGAGAACGACGUCGGCAUGGUCGCGUGGCGGUUCACUCUGUACACCCCGGAGUAUCCAUUCGGUAGAGACAUUAUACUUAUCGCUAACGAUUUAACGUAUCUGAUAGGCUCGUUCGGGCCUCGCGAGGAUCUGGUAUUCUGCAGGGCUUCCGAGAGAGCGAGGCAGCUCGGUUGUCCGCGGAUAUACUUCGCCGCUAAUUCCGGAGCGCGUAUCGGCUUGGCCGAGGAAGUGAAGGCGCUCUUCAGAAUUGCAUGGGAGGACGAGAAUGAGCCAGAGAAGGGCUUCAGAUACAUAUACCUCACACCGGAUGAUUACGCGCGUCUGGCGCCUCACAACUCGGUGAAAGCCUCGUUGAUCGAGGAUCCCGCGGGAGAGUCGCGUUACAAAAUCACGGAUAUCGUCGGCAAGGACGACGGCCUAGGUGUCGAGAACUUAAAGUAUGCCGGUCUAAUCGCGGGAGAGACGUCAAGGGCCUACGAUGAGAUAAUUACGAUCUCGAUAGUAUCCUGUCGCGCGAUUGGUAUCGGCUCCUACCUGCUGCGUCUUGGCCAGAGAGUAAUCCAGAUCGAGAACUCGCACAUCAUCCUGACCGGUUACAGAGCGUUGAACGCAGUGCUGGGUCGCGAGGUUUACGCUAGCAACAAUCAGUUGGGCGGUACGCAGAUCAUGCACAACAACGGAGUAUCUCACGCGACCGAUCCUCGGGACCUGGAUGGAGUGGCGACCGCCUUGAAAUGGCUGAGUUACUUCCCUAAGACUAAAGGCGCCCCGUUGCCGAUACUAUCGCCUGUUGCAGACCCGAUCGACCGAGAGAUCGCUUUUGUCCCUACCAAAGCGCCGUAUGAUCCGAGAUGGAUGCUGGAAGGCAGAAAUUGUACCGUCGAGUCGAACGUAUGGGAAAGUGGCUUCUUUGAUCGGGGCUCGUGGCAUGAAAUCAUGAGACCGUGGGCACAAACGGUGGUGACGGGACGCGCUAGGCUUGGUGGUAUACCAUGCGGCAUUAUCGCCGUUGAAACGAGAACCGUCGAGUUGCAUUUACCAGCCGAUCCUGCCAAUUUAGAUUCGGAGGCCAAGACUAUAUCUCAGGCGGGCCAGGUUUGGUUUCCGGACAGCGCGUACAAAACCGCUCAGGCUAUUCAGGAUUUCGGUAGAGAAGACCUGCCGCUAUUUAUCUUUGCCAAUUGGAGAGGUUUCUCUGGCGGCAUGAAAGAUAUGUACGAACAGAUUGUCAAGUUCGGUGCGUAUAUUGUGGACGGAUUGCGGCAAUAUUGCAAGCCGAUAUUCGUUUAUAUCCCACCGAAUGGGGAACUCAGAGGCGGCGCUUGGGCGGUCGUUGAUCCUAUGAUAAAUCAACGUUUCAUGGAAAUGUUUGCCGAUAACACUAGUAGAGGUGGCGUCCUGGAACCCGACGCGAUAGUAGAAAUCAAAUUUCGUAACAAGGACAUCGUGAAAACUAUGCACAGAGUCGAUCACGUUAUAUUGAAGUUAAAAGAAAAAUUGUCAACCGUAAACACGGUGGAGGAACGAACCGAGAUCGAAGCACAGAUUCGUAAACGCGAGCAGGCUUUGGAACCGAUGUAUCGUCAGGUCGCCGUUCAUUUCGCCGAUCUGCACGAUACGCCGGAGAGAAUGUUCGAGAAGAAUACGAUCCACGAGAUAAUACCAUGGAAAAAGGCACGUCGACUACUUUAUUGGCGGUUGCGACGACGACUUUUCGAGGAUGAGAUUAAGAAUGAGAUCUUAUCGACGCAGCCCAGCCUCGAUGUUAGACAGGUGGAAGCGAUGCUUCGGCGCUGGUUCAUCGAGGAUAAAGGAGCAACGGAAUCGUACUUGUGGGAUCAAGACGAAGCUGCGGCUUGUUGGUUGGAGACGCAACGCAAAACUGACGACAGUGUCGUCUCGCGUAAUAUAACGUGCGUGAAAAGAGAUGCGGUGGUAACGCGUAUCAAGGAAGCUCUAGAAGUCUGUCCGGAAAUAAGAUUAGACGUGGUACUGGAAAUCGCACACAGAUUACAACCGGCCGAGCGAACGGAGUUGCAAAGAACUUUAACGCAAAUAGAGACAACGGGACAGGAACAUCAUAAGGACUCGAGCGUUUCGUCUUGAAUGCACUUCAUAUAAGCGUACCUGCUCCACGCUAUUCAUUCCAGCUUAUUAAUGUUGAAUGCGUAUCAAUAGUACAAGUCAUUAUCAAAGAUUUAUAAUUAUUCAUAUCAAUCUAGAUAUAUCGUGGUAUUAAGGGUUAAUAAGAAUAGGUAUUUCGAAUAGAGUGUUUCGUAAGAUUCAAAUUUCGAUGGAUCUAGACAUAACCAUGACUUCUUUUUGACGUCACAAAUCGAAUUAUUUCGAUGUCGGUUUAAGUUUUAAAAAAUUUUUAUUUAAAAAUUGGUGAUUCGAGGGAUUAGUAGACAUUAGGAUAGUGUCUAAUUAGCAUAUUAAAUUAUUUCGUGAUUUCUGUGAUACAAAACGCUCCAUAUAUUCGAAAAUAUGUAUUUAGAGAACAAUAGAAAAGCAUGUCGCGUUGCCACUCUGUGUUUGUGACAGGCUUAUGAAUUGUAGUUGUAUGGGAGUAGAAAGGUUUAUACCCGAAAUAUCGCACGUUCCUUCAGCUACAAAUUCUUCCAGGAUUUUCCCAUAAAAUCCGCUAGAUUAUCAUUUCUAUAUCAAUUUCAAUCAAAAAUUAAAUACCUUUAUGUCUAAUGUAAAUCUAAAAAUUUAUUACUACUUUUAUUAUUAAAGUAAAUUAAUUAAUAUUUAUAAAAAACAAUAGUUAAUUUAUUUAUUUACAACAAUAUGUUAAUUUGACAUAUUUUUUUAAUUUUUAAUUUCAUUCUUUGUUGUAAUACUUUUUGAUAAUAAGAUAUCAUUCGCAAUUUGCGACAUCCUGUACGUGUAUCUGAAAGAACAUGCGUUACUAAAAAUGCGGAAUACUGUAUAUAAAUUAUAUAUACACACGUGGCGCACAAAUAUAUAAAAAAUGUAUAUUUAUUUUUUGAAGGAAAACAUUGUAAGACUUUGACAUCACGAAACAAUAUGCUCGCGCAACUGCCGCAUUUAAAUAGCAUUAUCUCAUAAUAGAUGCAAAACAAUGUAUACAUUUCAUGUAACAAUAAUCUCUUUUUUUUUCUUUCUACGUUUGCGGAAGAUAUCCAUUUCUCUUUUUCAAAUAUUAUCACAUUCUUUAUAAAAUGUUUGCGAAACGCUGCAAUUAAAAUUUAUUAAUCUUUAACAGACAACUUAAUUGAAUCUUGUAUGCAUUUAUAUGUUUAGUUGGAUUAAUUCGACAUCCCGCGCAAUUCUCUUGUGCAGAUGAUAUUCACUGCGCGUUUUUAUCAUGAAAAACACACGCACACAUACACUCUUUUUCUCUUAAGCUUUUAUAUAUUUUAUACAAUUUUUGGUAAAGUUGCUAUGUGAAUAGUAUAUCACCUAUAUCCGAGAAAAACUUCAUAAAAGAAACUCUAAAAUUCACAUAAUUUUCAAACCUACGCAGUAAAAAAUCCUCAAAAAACUGGUAUCUGACUCCGAUGUACAUCUAUUAGGUCAUCAUCCAAAGUGAGUAAUACCAUAAAUGAAAAGAACAUGGCUAAUGCGGAAAGAAAAUGCCAAAUGUCAUGAGAAUCAAAAAAGUUCAAUAACGCGCAAGGUUUAUUGUAAAGGCGAGAUUGGGCUGGUGUAAGAGCCCAAGAAAUAGUUUUAUUUACGAAGAAGUACAGAGCUGCUCCCCAGAAUACCAUAGAUAAAAUGAUGUAAAUCCCAGGUAUGAGAAGAAUCCGUUCUCUGUGACAAAGCUAGAAAAAAUUUUCGUAUUGAUAUUAAAAAGUUUUUGUGGCCGCAGAAAAGGAAGAAAGAACAAGAAAAUGUUUAUACCUUCAUCAUAAUGUAAAAGAAUGUAUAUAAAAUUAAAUUGGACAUCAAUAUAGCCAAUAAAAACGUAGCGAAAUUGCCCUCU